AAAACUCGGGGAGAAUUCUUUCUCUUCCGUCUCUUUCUAAUUACGUAACGCAGGGAAAGAAUGGAUGACCAAUCAGGAGCCCCGAGAGACUCUCGGCUCUUUCUGCCCCGCCCUUCCGUAACGUGUUUUGAUGCAGCAUUCUGAGAGGCUCUGGUUCAGUGGUGGUGGCCGGUUUCCGUGGCAACAGAAAAGCGCGGGAAUUACGGAUAAAUUGAAACUGCGACUGCGCGGCGUGAGGGCGCUGAGGCUUUCUGGAUCGAGGACGGUCUGGUGGGCUUUUCUGAAAACUGGGCCCCUGAGGCCGGGAAGCCUGGACGCUUUGCUCUGGGCAAAGGAAGAAAUGGAUGUAUCUGCGGAUCGCGUUGAAGAAGUACAACAUGUCCUUAAUGCUAUGCAGAAAAUCUUAGAAUGUCCAAUCUGUUUGGAGUUGAUCAAAGAGCCCGUUUCCACAAAGUGUGACCACAUAUUUUGCAAAUUUUGUAUGCUGAAACUUCUCAACCAGAAGAAAGGGCCUUCACAGUGUCCUUUGUGUAAGAAUGAUAUAACCAAAAGAAGCCUACAAGAAAGUACAAGAUUUAGUCAACUUGUUGAAGAGCUGUUGAAAAUCAUUCAUGCUUUUGAGCUUGACACAGGAUUGCAGCUUGCAAACAGUUACAACUUUUCAAAAAAGGAAAAUAACUCUCCUGAGCAUCUAAAGGAGGAAGUUUCUAUCAUUCAAAGUAUGGGCUACCGAAACCGUGCCAAAAGACUUCGCCAGGGUGAACCUGAAAAUCCUACCUUGCAGGAAACCAGUCUUAGUGUCCACCUCUCUAAUCUUGGAAUUGUGAGAUCUUUGAGGACAAAGCAGCAGAUACAACCUCAGAAUAAGUCUGUCUACGUUGAAUUGGGAUCUGAUUCUUCUGAAGAUACAGUUAAUAAGACAAGUUAUUGCAGUUUGGGAGACCACGAAUUAUUACAAAUCACCCCUCCAGGAGCCAGGGCUGAAGCCAGUUUGAAUCCUGCAAAAAAGGCUGCUUGUGAGUUUUCUGAGAAGGACAUAACAAAUAUUGAACAUCAUCAAUCCAGUAAUAAAGAUUUAGCCACCACUGAGAAGCAUGCAGCUGAGAAGCAUCCAGAAAAGUAUCAGGGUAUUUCUGUUUCAAACUUGCACGUGGAGCCAUGUGGCACGAAUACUCAUGCCAGCUCAUUGCAGCAUGAGAACAGCAGUUUAUUACUCACUAAAGACAGAAUGAAUGUAGAAAAGGCUGAAUUCUGUAAUAAAAGUGAACAGCCUGGUUUAGCCAAGAGCCAACAGAGCAGAUGGGCUGAAAGUAAGGAAACAUGUAAUGAUAGGCAGACUCCUAACUCAGAGAAAAAGCUAGUUCUGAACGCUGAUCCCCUGUAUGGGAGAAAAGAACUGAAUAAGCAGAAACCUCCAUGUUCUGACAGUCCUAGAGAUUCCCAAGAUAUUCCUUGGAUAACACUGAAUAGUAGCAUACAGAAAGUUAAUGAGUGGUUUUCCAGAAGUGAUGAAAUAUUAACUUCUGAUGACUCACAUGAUGGGGGGUCUGAAUCAAAUACUGAAGUAGCUGGUGCAGUAGAAGUUCAAAAUGAAGUAGAUGGAUAUUCUGGUUCUUCAGAGAAAAUAGGCUUAAUGGCCAGUGAUCCUCCUGGUGCUUUAAUAUGUGAAAGUGAAAGAGUCCACUCCAAACCAGUAGAGAAUAAUAUUGAAGAUAAAAUAUUUGGGAAAACCUAUCGGAGGAAGGCAAGCCUCCUUAACUUGAGCCACAUAAGUGAAGAUCUAAUUAUAGGAGCAUCUGCUAUAGAAUCUCAGAUUACACAGGAGCAUCCCCUCACAAAUAAACUGAAGCAUAAAAGGAGAACUACAUCAGGCCUUCAUCCUGAGGAUUUUAUCAAGAAAGUAGAUUUGGCAGUUGUCCAAAAGACUCCUGAAAAGAUAAUUGAGGGAACUGACCAAAUAGAGCAGAAUGGUCGUGUGAUGAGUAUUGCUAAUAAUGGUCAUGAGAAUGAAACAAAAGGUGAUUAUGUUCAGAAAGAGAAAAAUGCUAACCCAACAGAAUCAUUGGAGAAAGAAUCUGCUUUCAGAACAAAAGCUGAACCUAUAAGCAGCAGCAUAAGCAAUCUGGAACUGGAAUUAAAUAUCCACAGUUCAAAAGCACCUAAGAAGAAUAGGCUGAGGAGGAAAUCCUCUACCAGGCAUAUUCAUGCACUUGAACUAGUAGUCAGUAGAAAUCUAAGCCCACCUAAUCAUACUGAACUACAAAUUGAUAGUUGUUCUAGCAGUGAAGAGAUGAAGAAGAAAAAUCCCAGCCAGGUGCCAGUCAGACAUAGCAGAAAGCUUCAACUCACAGAAGAUAAAGAACCCGCAGCUGGAGCCAAGAAAAGUAACAAGCCAAAUGAACAGAUAAAUAAAAGACUUGCCAGUGAUGCUUUUCCAGAACUAAAAUUAACAAACAUACCUGGUUUUUUUGCUAACUGUUCAAGUUCUAAUAAACUUCAAGAGUUUGUCAAUCCUAGCCUUCAAAGAGAAGACAUAGAACAGAACCUAGGAGCAAUUCAAGUGUCUAAUAGUACCAAAGACCCCGAAGAUCUGAUAUUAAGUGGAGGAAGAGGUUGGCAAGCUGAAAGAUCUGUAGAGAGCACCAGUAUUUCAUUGGUACCUGAUACUGAUUAUGGCACUCAGGGUAGUAUCUCAUUACUGGAAGCUGACACCCUAGGGAAGGCAAAAACAGCACCAGAUCAACGUGCAAGUCUAUGUGCAGCAAUUGAAAACCCCAAGGAACUUAUCCAUGAUUGUUCUAAAGAUACUAGAAAUGACACAGAGGGCCUUAAGGAUCCAUUGAGACGUGAAGUUAACCACACUCAGGAGACAAGCAUAGAAAUGGAAGAGAGUGAACUUGAUACACAGUAUCUACAGAAUACGUUCAAGUUUUCAAAGCGUCAGUCAUUUGCUCUGUUUUCAAAUUCAGGAAAUCCAGAAAAGAAUUGUGCAGCAGUCUCUGCCCACACCAGGUCUUUAAGGAAACCAAGUCCGAAAGUCACUCUUGAAUGUGGACAAAAAGAAGAAAAUCAGGGAAAGAAAGAGUCUAAAGUCGAGCAUGUGCAGUCAGUUCAUACAACUGUGGACUUUCCUGUGGUUUGUCAGAAAGAUAAGAAACCAGGUGAUCAUGUCAAAUAUAGCAUAAAAGAACUCUCUAGGCUUUGUCAGUCAUCUCAGUUUAGAGGCAAUGAAACUGAACUCAUUACUGCAAAUAAACGUGAACUUUCACAAAACCUGUCUUAUAUACCAUCACUUUCUCCCAUCAGGUCAUCUGUUAAAACUACAUGUAAGAAAAAUGUGUCAGAGGAAAAGCUUGAGGAACAUUCAGUGUCCCCUGAAAGAGCACUGGGAAACAAGAGCGUCAUUCAAAGUACAGUGAGCACAAUUAGCCAAAAUAACAUUAGAGAAAGCACUUUUAAAGAAGUUGGCUCAAGCAGUAUUAAUGAAGUAGGUUCCAGUACUAAUGAAGUAGGCUCUAGUAUUAAUGAAGUAGGUUCCAGUGGUGAAAACAUUGAAGCAGAGCUAGGCAGAAACAGAGGACCUAAAUUAAAUGCUAUUCUCAGAUUAGGUCUUAUGCAACCUGAAGUCUAUAAGCAAAGUCUUCCAAUAAGUAAUUGUAAACAUCCGGAAAUAAAAAGGCGAGGAGAAAAUGAAGGAGUAGUUCAGCCUGUUAAUGCAGAUUUCUCUCCGUGUCCAAUUUCAGAUAACCUAGAACAACCUGUGGGAAUUAGUUGUGCUUCUCAGGUUUGUUCUGAGACACCUGAUGACCUAUUAAAUGACAACGAAAUAAAGGAAAAUAUCAGCUUUACUGAAAGUGGCAUUAAGGAAAGAUCUGCUAUUUUUAGCAAAAGCGUCCAGAAAGGAGAAUUCAGAAGGAGCCCUAGCCCUUUAGCCCCUACAUGUUUGGCUCAAAGAGGGGCCAGGAAAUUAGAGUCCUCAGAAGAGAACAUGUCUAGUGAGGAUGAAGAGCUUCCCUGCUUCCAACACUUACUAUUUGGUAAAGUAACCAAUAAGCUUUCUCAACCUACUAGACAUGCUGUUGCCACAGAAGGUCUAUCUAAGAAAACAGAGGAGAACCUAGUAUUGAAGAAUAGCUUAGAUGACUGCAGUGACCAGGUAACUUCAGCAAAGGCAUCCCAGGAACAUCACCUUAAUGAGGAAGCAAGAUGUUCUGGUAGCUUAUUUUCUUCACAGUGCAGUGCAUUGGAAGACUUGGCUGCUAAUACAAACACCCAGGAUCCUUGCUUGAUGUUUGAUUCUCCUUCCAAACAAAUGAAGCAUCAGUCUAAAAACCAGGAAUUUCUGAGUGACAAGGAAUUUGUUUCAGAUGAUGAUGAAAGUGAACCUGUCCUGGAAGAGGAUAAUCACCAAGAAGAGCGGAGUGUGGAUUCAAACUUAGGUGAAGUAGCAUCCGGGUAUGAGAGUGAAACAAAUCUCUCGGAAGACUGUUCAGGGCUGUCCUCUCAGAGUGAUAUUUUAACCACUCAGCAGAGGGAUACCAUGCAAGAUAACCUGAUAAAGCUUCAGCAGAAAAUGGCUGAACUGGAAGCUGUGUUGGAGCAACACGGGAGCCAGCCUUCUAACCGCUCCCCUUCCCUCGUAGCUGAUUCUUGUGCCUCUGAGGACCUGCAAAGUCCGGAACAAAACACAUCAGAAAAAGCAGUAUUAACCUCAGAGAAAAGUACUGAAUAUCCUAUAAGCCAGAAUCCAGAAAACCUUUCUACUGACAAGUUUCAAGUAUCUCUGGAUAGUUCCAACAGUAAAAAUAAAGAACCAGAAAUGGAAAGGUCUUCCCCUUCUAAAUCCCAGUUGUUAGAUAGUAGAUGGUAUGUGCACAGCCACUCAUGGAGUCUUCAGAACAGAAACUGCCCGUCUCAAAAGGAGCUCAUUAAGGUUGUUGAUGUGGAGGAGCCACAACUGACAAGAUCUGAGGCCCAAGAUUUAAUGGAGCAGUCUUACUUGCCAAGACGAGAUCUAGAGGGAACCCCCUACCUAGAAUCUGGAAUCAGCCUCUUCUCUGAUGACCCUGAGUCUGUUCCCUCUGAAGACAGAGCCCCAGAGCCAGAUCAUGGUUGCAGCAUGCCAGCUUCAACCUCUGCAUUGAAAUUACCACAAUUUCAAGUUGGAGAAUCUGCCAAGAGUCCAGCUGCUGCUCAUGCUACUAAUAUUGUUGGGUAUAACGUGAAGGAUGAAAGUGUGAGCAGGGAGAAACCAGAAGUGAUGUCUUCAACAAAAAGAGUCAACAGAAGAAUAUCUAUGGUGGCAUCAGGCUUGACCCCAAAAGAAUUUAUGCUUGUGCACAAGUUUGCCAGAAAACACCACAUCACUUUAACUAAUCUAGUUACUGAAGAGACUACUCACGUCAUUAUGAAAACAGAUGCUGAGUUUGUGUGUGAACGGACACUGAAAUAUUUUCUGGGAAUUGCAGGAGGAAAAUGGGUAGUUAGCUAUUUUUGGGUGACCCAGUCUAUUAAAGAAAGAAAGAUGCUGGACGAGCAUGAUUUUGAAGUCAGAGGAGAUGUUGUCAAUGGAAGAAACCACCGAGGUCCAAAGCGAGCAAGAGAAUCCCAGGACAGAAAGAUCUUCAGGGGCCUAGAAAUCUGUUGCUAUGGGCCCUUUACCAACAUGCCCACAGAUCAACUAGAGUGGAUGGUGCACCUCUGUGGGGCUUCUGUGGUGAAGGAGCCUUCAUCGUUCACCCUCGGUGAGGGUACUCACCCAAUUGUGGUCGUGCAGCCAGACGCCUGGACAGAGGACAGUGGCUUCCAUGUGAUUGGGCAGAUGUGUGAGGCACCUGUGGUGACCCGAGAGUGGGUAUUGGACAGCGUAGCCCUCUACCAGUGCCAGGAGCUGGACACCUACCUCAUACCCCAGAUCCCUAGAGCUGCUGCUGAUUCCAGUGAGCAAUGUGUCUAGCGCCUGUCUCCUCAAGACCCCAAGAAUGAGCUUAAGAAAUGGCCUUUUUCUAGGCCCUGGGAGCUCCUCUUCAGUCCUUCCACAGUCCGGGUUACUAAAUAUUUUAUGUGCAUCAGCCUGAAAAGAACUUCUGGCUAUGCAAGGGUCCUUUAAAGAUUUUCUGCUUCAAGUCUCCCUUUGAAAUCGGCCAUGAGCACAAAUUGUGGUAAUUUUUCACCUGAAAAGAAUUUAAAACCAUUUAAACUCCACAAACUGAGCAAGACGCUGAUUCAUUAUUUAUCAGCCCUGUUCCUUGUACUGGGGCUAUUGGCUUAGAGCUGGAAGCUCCAAGUGGCUGCUGGUCUCAGGAGAAUAGCUGGUUUCCCUAAGUUGGUUUCUCUAAAACCCUGUGUUCAUAAAG